ACCUGACAUAUCAUUAUUCAACCAAAGCCGUCCCACCUGUUUCAUCCAGACUAUACAGCUGAAGCUACCUGGACAGAUUGUCAGGAUAACACAUGGAUAUAUCACUCGUCUAGCCUGGAUAACACAUGGAUAUAUCACUGGUACAGCCUGGAUAACAUGUGGAUAUAUCAUUCAUAUAGUCUUGGGUAACAUGGAUAUAUCACUGGUAUAGCCCGGACAACACAUGGAUAUAUAACUGGUAUAGCCUUGAUAACACAUGGAUAUAUAACUAGUCUAGCCUGGAUAACCGUAAUAUACUGAGUCAGAAGAAAACUGUUUCCCCUCAAGACUGUUACACAAUCUUACCGCCGGACUUUGAAGUGGUCACAAGCAUUCAUCUUAUUUCCGAACCGUGCAACAACCAUGUUGUCAAAGUCAAUAACUUCCAUUUGAUCGCAGUCCAUCUGAAGGCCAUCGCAGCAUAACAGGCAGAAGACAUGAGACAGUGUUGACAGCACAGCCGGAGAUGACAAGACUAGUUACAAUCAAAAUGCUGCCCACUAAUGGCCGAGAACUGCAUCUCAAGAGGAAGGUUACAUAACGGACAAGAAGUGAUUAGCCAGAAUAGGGAGGAGUGAUUUGACAAGGAAACAAUUCACACUUUUUAGAGAAACAAUUUGAGAAAAGUGUGUUGUGAUUUAAAUACUAUUUGUUUAAGUCUUAAACUGAACAAUGGUCAAUACACAACUUCUCUUCACAUGAAAAUAAUUCAAUUUUAAAAAUUCUGUCACUUGGACUCAACUCCUGUCACAAGCUUAAGCUAGGAACAGUGGUUUCCUUUAAGUUGCAAACUACGACUUCAGGCAAGAUUCAUUCUCAUUACCAAGGAAUUAGGAGCUGGGAGGUGUGUGUAUUUGUUGCAUUGUUUAAUUGAUCUGCUGUCUGCAUCAACAAACACGCGUCUAGACACUGCUUCUCUCUGUUGAACCUUCAAAACAAGGGAGCAGACGGACAACUUAUAUCUCAUUUUCAUCUUCUACAACGAAUUAACAGAAAUUCUUCCUCUCCAGUGGACUGAUCCUGAAGCUCUUGUGAACAAUUUACCUGCAUAUUUCUCACAGGGAUGGGAUUCAGUUUUGUGCAUUACAGCUGAGUGAUUAAUCCAGGCAACGUCAGCAUUAUCCUACUCUCCGUCCAUACUCUCCAACAAACCAGCGUGACUGCAAGGGAAUAUCUUGGUUUACAUUAUUUACAAAGUGACCCCGGAAAUCACAAGUGUAGUAUGAACAAAUGCCACCCCACACCUGAAUCAUUUGGCGUCUGCUUACACUAGUGUCCAACUAGGUGAUAUAUCUGACCAUACGUCCUUUGGGUGGCAGCCUGCAGGUCAGUAAUUAAACAACAUGGAGAUUACUUCAGUGAGCGUCUGCCCGUGUGGGGAGGAUGGGGAUGAAGCGUGUAUACAGUGAGACACAUCUGACCCUGCUCCGUGGCCCUCCCCGUCAGCCAGGAGAGUAAACCCCAUGUUAUAUGCACCUGACCACAUUCUUAACUCAGUGCACAACUUCAUUAUUUGCUUCGCGCUCAAGUGAGUGUUCCUACUUCAGGAAUAGUGAAAAUUGGCGAGUGUUCAAACCUGCCGAUCAUGUAGUGGCAAUCAUCACCACUUCCUGUAAAGUUACGUCUGCUAGAUAAAAUGACCCGGAUACCUAUACACCUAUGCUUGCUCCUGGCAGCUAGUUAUUUCUCCCUAGCUGUUGCCUUCACUCUGAAGCAAGAUGUAGAGGCAGACGGACAGACACAAGGUGCGAGGAGACUCCACAGGAUAAGGAGCAGCGACCAUGAAGAGCAGAGGCUUCCUAUAGUACAGGAUCAUGAGUCACAACACAGGCAGGCUGCCCAUAAUCAACAAACUUUCCAACAGGUCCACGACAGGGAAGUUAAAUCCAAAGAUAGACAACAGUCUGAUUGGGACUUCACUCCCACUGACUACAGAGAACAUAAGUUCGAAAAUAGCCGGAGGGUUUUAAGAGCUGAGAAUUCGAUAUAUCAAGAUGAGGAAUAUGAAAUAGGGCAUUCCGAAGCUUUGUCCCAGGACGUCCGGAAGAGGGACAUACUGUCUAGUGUACCUAAGAUGGUGGUUGUAGUCUCUACCACUGUAGCAGCUUUCUUUGGUAUGUGUGUAAUGGCAGCCAUAUUUCAGUGUUGCUGCCGUAAGAAGCGCACCACAUCGGAGGCAGAAGAUGCAGAUGCUAUUAAGGCUGAGAAAGAAGAAAAACAGAAGUCAAAAUCACCCUCCCCGGAAAAGGAUACCACAAAACCAGAGGAGUUGGAAGAAAAAACAGAAAAUGACAAAUUGCUGGAAGAUGAUGAUUUGGGUGAUUUUUCUGUCGUCUUGAGAGAAACAGAGAUACUGAAGUCUUUCAGAAAACCUCCACCUCCAAAGAACCGAGCCAGAGCGAGUCGGGCUCCUCGAGUGAAGGCCGCAGCUUCCAAGGAAGAUGGCUUCGCACUGAUAAAAGAAGAAGCUGAAGGCAGUAUUAAAAGUAAAUCUGGAUCUCAGCGCAGUUCUCCUGAGAAGAAAGACAGCAAGGAUGAACUCUGUGAACCGACCAAACAGGAGGAAAAGCGGAAUUCAUUUGAGGCGGCCAAACUAAUAGUGGACAGCAUGUUUGCUGAGGUGAGGGACAAAAGGGAGACAACUCCUGUAGUGGUUGAGCCAGAGACGCCAUCCAAGGAGGUGCCAGAAGAGCCUAAGGUGAAGAGCGUUCAGUCUAAUGGAGGGAAUAUAUUUAUGCAAAUAGAUCCGACUGUGAAAAUAGAAGAUCCCAGUGAGAAGAAGACCAGUAAAAUUCCUGUCAGAUCUUCGCCCCAGUCCUCCCCUCCCACGUCCUCCAAAGAAGGGGCCAGUCUCAGACCAACCAGCGCCAACAAGGAGCAGAGGAAGUUUUUGGUUCCUUCAGUGCACGGGGAACAGAUGGACCAACUUGUUAAAUCUCUGAAAACGAGGUUAAAAGAAGACAAGCCCCCAACUUGCCAGAGUGCUCGGAACCUGGCCACAAACAAGGUGGUGCCCUCAGGGAGUGAUGAUGACAUGGAGCCUCAAAGUCGAGAACGAUCUCAUUCUGACCCUACAAAGAAUCUGCUUGGCGUGAAGCAGACGCAUGUCUGACUGCCCGGAGGAUCCCCACGUGCCCAUAGACUACUCCUGUCAAUGUCGCUGUAGACAUAUCAUUGUGAUAUCCAGUGCCUUGAGAACAAUCAUGUGACACCAUAUUGGUCUCAGACAUCAGUCUGGAUCGGAAACAAUACUGUCUGGAUUACCCCACUUUCAUUUCUAAAAUCUAAACCUUCAAGGUAAAUAACAUAUCAUACAGAUAUAACUACUUGCAGAUCAAUGCAAGAAAGUGUCAAUGUAACAAAUCCAAACCAGGGCCCGGUUUCACAAAGCAAUCUUAGUACCACAGCUGUAGUAAUGUCCAAAAGACUUGAGUUACAACUCUUAACAGCAAGAUCGCUUCGAAAGUCACACAAAACUGCUUCUGGUUUGUUUUUUGUAAAGCAAUCAUACUGCUACAACUGUUGAAGUCUACAUCUAAGGGUAGAGUUAUGACUGACAUAACAGUAAGCCUGCUGUUGGAAACAGACUCAACCAAACAAAGGCUGACAAGUCACAACACUCAGAAACAAACAUAAAUGUUGGUGACAACAUCUUUGUGAAAUCUUAGUGUUACAACUGUCGUCGGUGUACAUUUUUAAGUAUAAGUUAUGACAAUUGUAGCAGCAAGACUGUUUUACGAAACAGAUCCAACCUGGAAAUGGCUUGCCUCACUUAGCUCCAGUUAGAAAAGAUAAUUAAUUGAACGUCAGAGAACGUCUGAAAGCAUGUAGUGUAGUCCCGUAGAUCUGCAGCCGUGCAUCAAGCGUCCAAUGAAAGCGGCUGGCCAAACACUGACUCAGGCACAUGUUAAGCAUUAUUGGCGUGAGAGUCGGCAGAUGGAAUGAUAGGGCUACCUUACUGUUACGCCAUUGUUGACAUCAUAUAUACCCAUUGUUACCAUGGUUACUUCAGUUAAUUGUGUUAAGUUUGUAUGACAGUUUGUUUGUUGUCUUGCUCAUCCCAUCAUUUCCUGCUGCCUGAAAUAUUGGGGCCUAGUCAGUACUAUUGCUAGCAUCCUGUUAACGCAAACCACCACUGCAAAGGGAGAUAACUGGUGGUAUUGUCAAACUGGAAGUUGAAAUAACAUUUCUUCUGUAUAAUAGUUCCAAGAAAAGAAGAAGAAAAAUGCACACAAAUCUGUUGAAGGAAAAUAUUUCUCAAAGAAGUAAAAACAUUCAGUAUGUGGAAACUAGCAAGAAAAUAAGUCCACUAGAUAUUAAAGAUGAACUUGACCCUCGAAAUCAGAUAGCUUUUACUGUUUAUUAUCCUCAACACCACAAAACUCAGUCAUUGGUCUUAUUUUCUUCUGUCUUUAUGUAGAAGUGCUAUUAACAAUUGUGUUGAUCUGUGUUGAAACAUGUUGACGACAACCUUGUGAUCUACAGUGCUGUAUAUGAUAGAGAUGAUUGACAGGUGUCAAAAUAUUCUGCCAAAACAUGCAUGUUCACUUGACAUAAAUCUAUUUCUUGAUUUCCUGACAUCACAGAAUCUUGUGUUUCAUAAAAUCAUAACCAGAAAUACACAACAAUGUCACAAACUCAGAUUAGAAAUUACAAAUAAGUAAGCAUGGAAACUCCUGCAAUCAAAUGUCUUGGUACAUCAUAAAAUACCAAACUUGAUCUCAACCUUUCCCACAUCUACACGUCAUGCAGACACUGUGCAAUACUCCUGCGCGAGUUGCAGUACGAACCUAUGCAAGACAUACCUGACCAGGUCACAUGACUACUGACUAUGUCCACUGCUAUCGAUGUGAUGUACAUAGCACUGUUUCCCUCUCUCGGUUGACAGGAUGUUUUGCUUGUUAUUCGCAAGUAGGUCAACUACUUAAGCUUGUACAGAAUAUGGUGUAUUUUUUAAACCAUUAUAAUGGUGCCUUACCAACUAAAUAAACUUGGUUAACUCA